AUGACUUUCUCCGCCUUUGGUCUGCUCACUGUCAUUACCAGUCCCCGUCCUGUAAUUCUUCUCAAUACUGCUGAUGCAACGACUCCUAUUGCUAUCAACAAGACCGCCAGACGCUUGAAUCACGACGACCGCAAUGCUGCUCAAACGGGAGAGGCCUGCUUCCGUGAGAGCGACACGCAGGAAAUCAUUCGGACGAAUCCCAUAUUAAAGCAAAAGUUUCCAGCUCAGCAUGUAGCGAGGUUGCAUGACUGUGGGCGGGGCUUGUGGCAAGGCGGAGCCCAGAAAAGCGAGAUCCCGGCCGGCGCCUCGGCUGCUUAUUCAUACAGUAGUCGAGGCUGCUUUGAGGCACGCGGAAGGGCCGCCUGGUUUCCUUCGCCGCCGUCCUUCCGCGGAUCGUCUCGCAGUAAAGGAUCUUCACGCUUGCUGUCCUCCAGGCCCGGCCGCCCCCCCAAGAGAGCCUCCGACUUCAUGACGAUGGCGCCCAGCCCCGACGCCCUCUUCGACAUGAAGAAGCGCCACCUGGAAAAUGGCGGAUUCCACAACGGACACUUGCCCGCAGAUCUCCGGCUGGACAAGUCCCCCCUCCUGGCCAAUGGCUAUCACGCUCCGCCACACUUCAACCCUCUCCAGUACAUGGCUCACCACAUGGCUGGCCUCGGGUACCCGCCGCUGCUACCUGGGGGCAUUCCCGGGGGCAUGGCCGGGGGCGGGCCUGUGGGGCCGCAUCCCUUGUCACCCAGCGAAGCCUCUCCUCUGAAACACCCACAGAUUACUCCAGAAUCUCUUGCCAAGAUGCACGAGGAGCGCGUCGACCGCGAGCGCCUCAUGGCCCUCGAGCAGAGGCGCGGACUCACGCCCACCAGCAUGGCCGGGCCCCACCCUCUCGUACCUACCUCCACCCACGACGACCACCAGCCGCCCACGUCCCCUGUCCUCAACCUGUCUAAAGGCGCCACGCUGGAAGACGCCCACGAGGAGCGGGAGGACGAGCGGGACCAGGACCUCGCCAGCCACGACUCGGGCCGCGACCUGCACGACGAGGACCGGCGCCAUCCGCACCACGAGGAGGACCGCCUCUCCGACAUGGACGACGACGAGUCCAAGGAUGAAUCCAUGGACGUCGCUGAUGCCUGGACCAGGGCUGCCAGCACCUUAGGCCAGACACAGCUCACAUCGCCGCCAGUAUCGGCAGGGGCUCCCGUGGCCAUGGCAGGGAACGCCCCUCUCUCCUCCACAGAAGUAUUACUCAGGAACAUCCUUGGCCUCCUGCGAGUGGCCGAGGAAAACGCUCGCCACCACGAGAGACAGACGCAGUACGAGAAAGCCGAACUGAAAAUGGAAGUCUUACGGGAAAGAGAGCUAAGGGAGACCUUGGAAAAGCAACUGCAGGAAGAACAAAAAAAUCGGAUACUGAUGCAGAAGCGAUGUGCGAAGCUGAAGAAGCUGCGGCGUCGCCUGCAGGAGCGCCUUGACAUAGAGGUCAAGCGAAGAAGUCACUAUGAAGACCAUAUCCGUUCGAACUCCCCUGACGCCCUCGGGGACAUUAACGACACGAUUCGGAAGGAGAUGGAGGCGAUCGCAGCCGAGAUUCAGAACGAGAACCUGCAGCAGCAGAAGCAGCAGCAGACAGAGGAGCGGGAGGCGACCGACCGCCUUCUGGCCUCGCCCGCCCUCGCCAACCACCCUGCCAUCGCCGCGGCCACAGCCAACGCUGCAUGGCGGUAGAAGAGCAUCAUCCUCCCUCGCUGGAAUUGACCUUGCAGCGGUGGCGCGUCUGCCUCAAGUGAAAUGUGUAAAUGAAAACCAAAACUUUCUAAGCCAGUUCUCAUUUUCUUCAAGCGACCAGAUACGUAAGCAAGCGUCUCGAGGCAAACACUAGGUUCACUGGCUUUGUAUCCAAGUACAAGUAAAUACCUUUUCGAGAAUCUGUCAGCGACGAAGCACAAAUCUACCUAAGGGUACCAAGUAUCACACGAUGAAAUCCUAAGAGAUAUUGUUUUGUCUUGGGUACAUGGCAAUUCUUACUUAACCGUGUAUAUAGUCUGUUGUAGGGCAGUAGAAAAGUAAUAUUUGUAUCCAUAAGAUAAGCGUGCACUUGGCACAGGGAUCAUCAGUGCUGGCGAUGUGGUCUAUAAUAACGUGUAGAGUGAGGAGAGACUCGACCAUGCCGUCAUCAUUCUGGGACACAUCACCUCUGCUGAUGCUGUUGGUGUCGCCAGCAUCACGUCUACCUCAGCAUUGUGAGUGCUGAGUAGAAGACCAGUAAAUGACCUCGCCAGUAGAACGGUCGCCUCUACUUCGUUCAUACAACAGGUACCCUUUCCGCCCCGAAUCGCUCCCCUUUCCUAUAUGUCGAUUCUGUUCUCCAGUUUCUCCCGAGGAGUCACACGCAGGUCCUUGGAGAGUUUCCUUGGGGACAGAUGUUCUAAAUUGGGUUCCACGAGACACUCGUAAAAGCAACAGCGAGUUUGCGACGUGCCCGCGAGGUGUCCGUGUUGACGCCCGUUUAAGUAUGUCGUAAAAUCGCCAAACAGCGAACGUCUGACCCGAGAGGCCCAAGAGUACCUCCUCCGUGAGGCAGGUAACACAGCAAGGAGUGGUGGCGGCUGGCGACGCAGGGCGAGACUCCACGCCGAGGGCGCCCCAGCCGGGGGUUCCUACGCCUCCUGGCUGCCCGCUCUCUCCUUGCCGUCCGUGUCCUGUUCAGCCUGUCGAGCGCAUAAGCAUGGCUGCGGUCCAUGGGAUUCGAAACGUUACAAAUAAGAUUUUUAUAAUAUUUAAAAUGUAUUUAUUGUCUAUUUUGGAUGUAGUCUCAGGGCGUUGAUUGAGCGUCGGGCUGUUAGAGUCACACUAUAACUAUUGGGCUUGAACUUGCUCGUGGAAUUCUGAGAUGUAUCGAUUUCUAUUUAUUGAAAUAAAUGGUUCAUAUUGUGUCUGGAAGGACAAGUUAGGGUGAUUGUACCUCCUGGCCUCUCUUACUAGUUAUGUAAGCGUUCACGUGAACUAUGUAUCCAGCAUAUUGUUAGAGACAAAUGUGUACAUACCUGGCAGGACCUUCACUGUGAACUCCACUGUAUCCACGGGGGCCAGGGACCUUCUUUUGUAAUGCCUGACAUAUCAGAAACGUUCCCAGCAGGUUCAGGAAGGGGAAACAGUUCUAGCAAUGUUCAAACUAUGUGGUUAGAUUUGUUUCUAUUUUGUCACCGACUCGUCUGAUGUUGACGCUUUACGUCUGUAAGCCUGCUUAUGCCGCGGCAUAAACAGGUUCUACGAGCACUGUAUUAAAAGCUAAUUCUAAAUUUAGAAAUUUGUAAGAUUUUGUACAUAAAAUACGUAGUUAAGGGCAUUAAUCCGAUAUUAGUCAUAGGUUGCGUAGUCAUAGUAUUAUUAAGUAAAUCGCUUGGACAUCUGGCAUGAACCGUGAAAGAGUGCCAAUGACAACAUGCUUUGAUAGUACCUAUGAUAGUACAUACGUGUAGAAAUAGUACAUACUAGGCAGAUGUAUUAUUACCUAGAACUGCUGCACUCUAGAGGGACCAGACUCACGCUCCCGGGAGAGAGAGCGCGGGCGCCCGCCACGCCGGCUCGGCUCAGUCCGGAGAAAGAUACAAUUGUAUUACACUUGACUCUGUAUAAGCGACAUAUAUAUUUGUGUGUGCACACACACAUAUAUAUGUGUGUGUGUGCACACAGCUAUAUGUGUGUGCGUGUGUGUGUCAGUCUGUCCACCUUUCGACCUC